AUGCCCGGCACCAACCAGCCCUGGAAAUCCGUGUGGCCCGCCGCCUCCGGCGUCGCAGACCAGGCGACCACCCUUCCAUCCAACCUCUCCGCUGAGGAGAUGACCAACCAGCGCUCCUUCGGCAGCCACGCCUCCAACACCAAGGGCCGCAUCGUCCACUUGAAGAAGUGA